AUGAAUGCAGCAGAUAAUGUAAUUUUAGGAGACAAUAUAAAUGAAGAAAGAGAUGAUGAAGAAAGAGAUGAAGAUGCUGCAAGUAUAAUAGAUUAUUACAAAUAUGACAAGGAUGAAAACAUAAGUAAAUGUCUAGCAAGUUAUACAGUAUCAAACUACAAUGAGGGAUAUGUGUUAUACAAAGCUCAUUCAAGAUCUGUUGGUUUCAGUGUCAGAAAAUCAACAAAGAGAAGAGAUUCCAAUGAUAAAAUGUAUGAGUUUUAUUUAAUAUGUUCUAAGGAACGAUAUACAAAGGGUAAAAUGAAGAUAGCAACUGAACAAAAUACUGUGGAAAUACCCUUAUUGGGUAAAACUGAUGCAAAAAAGAGAAAAGAUAGGGAGGUAAAUGAGACAAGAACUGGAUAUAAAGCCCAUAUUCGUUUCAAGAAAAACAAAGAAGGAAAUUUCGAAGUUGUUACACAUGAGUUGGAGCAUAAUCAUGAAUUGGUUAUAGCAGUUCAACGACAUCAUCUAAGAUCAGAAAGGCAAAUAUUAGCGCCAAUGGGUGAACUAAUUGAGAGCAUGAUUGAGAGUGGUAUUAAACCAAUGGAUGCUUAUAAUUAUAUAAGCAAUGAAGCUGGAGGAGAAGAAUGUGUAGGUCAUACUAAGAGAGAUCACCUUAAUUAUGUAUCAAGGGUGAAAAUGAGUAUGGUUGAAGGUGGAGACAUGCAGAAUGUGUUAGACACUCUUCAAGAAAGAGCAGAUCAAGAUCCCUCAUUCUUUUAUAGAUUGAAAUUUGGAGAAGAAAAUAAUGUUGUGAGAUAUUUUUGGCGUGACUCCCAAAUGCUUGAAGAUUUCAAAGCUUUUGGUGAUGUUUUAAUCUUCGAUACAACAUACAGAACAAACAAAUAUGGGUUGAUAUGUGCUCCAUUUGUUGAGACUGGAUUGUUGUGCUUUCACAUUAUCAAGAUAAUGCAAAUGUACAACAUACAUUCUAUACCAGAGAGAUACAUUCUGAAACGUUGGACCAAGCUUGCUAAAUCAAGGAUAUGGGAUGAGAAUGAAUCAGAUAAUCUUAUUCCUGAUAUAUUCAAUCUAAUUUCUGAUUGA